AUGAAGGUCAGCGACGAGGAAGGCGUCUUCCAGAAAGGUUACUCAUGUGAGCACCUUCCGGAACCUUUCAAAUAUGUACAUCUGAUGCUUUACAGUGACUUCGAAGAGCUUGGACAACAAUCUGAAUCUACUCGACAAACUGGUUCGGAAGAUUAAACCAUUCUUCGGGGUUGGCGCUCUGAUUGUAUUCUUGUUAGCUUAUCAUGGAUUUUUGAGUGAGUCUUUCUUUUAAAACAUAGCUUAUUCUUUUUCAGUCGCUGCUGGCAUCCACAACUACCAAAAAGCGGCACCACUCAUCUAUAUCACUCUGUUUUGCUGGUUGUGUUUUUUGAUUAACUUCGUGGUUGGCACUGAAAAGUUUCGAGUUUUCUACAAUGACUUAGCAGAGAAAUUGGAGGAAUUUGCAAAGCAACGGAGAUUUGUACCCAUGUAAGUAAUUAUUUGAAGAACUUCUCUUAUUGUGUCAAUUGCAGAAGUUUGAAAGUUGCAUUCAUCCUUGCUCUUCUCGCAUUCACCGUAAUUGACUCAAUUCAUGACUUCUCACGUUUGACGGGCUUCUUCGCCUACAUUUUCUUUGUUCUCUUCAUGUUUGCCUUGUCGAAUAAUCGGAUGAAAGUAAGUGAACUUCAUUAGUUCUUCAAGUUCAACGUUCUUCUUUUGCAGAUCAACUGGAACGUGGUCUCCUCCGCCCUCAUAAUGCACUACUGUCUCGCUUUGAUCAUUCUGAAGUGGUCGACCGGGCAGUGGUUCUUCCAGCAACUUGCUCAGCUCAUUGUCGGUUUUCUCGAGUAUGCGCAGGUCGGAGCCCAGUUCGUGUUCGGAUUCAUCGCCAGCCCUCCGAACAUCUGUGACCUGCGUCCUGUCUUCAUCUUUACGUCCCUUCAAACUUUGAUCUACUUUGCUUCCGUAGUCGCUCUUCUUUUCUAUUUCGGAAUAAUUCAAGUGGUUCUCAUCAAGACCACGUGGUUCAUGCGAGUGUUAAUCGGGACAACAACUGUAGAAUCUGUGAAUGCGUGGGCGUGCACUUUCCUGGGAAUGACCGAGGCUCCUCUUAUGAUUGCUCCCUACCUUGACAAACUAACCGAUUCUGAGAUAUUCGCUGUCAUCACUUCUGGGUUCGCAUGCGUCGCCGGCACCGUUUUCGCUGCGUACGUGGCUCUCGGAGCGUGCCCGAUUUAUCUGCUCACAGCCAGCUUACUCUCUGCUCCCAUGUCUCUUGCCUGCUCCAAAAUCAUGUUCCCUGAGACCGAAGAGCCCAGCAUCAAGGAAGAGGACUUCAAACUUGCACACAACUCCGAGAAAGGCUUCUUCGAUACCCUCUGUUCCGCAGGAGUGGCUCUCGUUCCGACCGUCUUUGCCAUCGGAGCCACACUCGUCGUCAUCAUGUCCUUGUUGGCUCUAUUGGACACUGUCAUGAACUACAUCGGAGAUCUGAUUGGGUACGAAGGAUGGACGUUCCAAAUGCUAUUCGGUUACGCAUUCUUUCCAUUGUCAUACAUGAUGGGCGUCACUGACGACGUACAUCAGACACUUUUGUAAGUUGAGAGAUUAGUCCGACCACAGCAAAGAAGAAGCUUUCAGAGUUGCUCAAUUAAUGGGGACCAAGACUGCUGUGAACGAGUUCGUCGCUUAUAACAACUUGGGAAAUCUUCAGAAAGAGGGCAAACUGCAUGUGAGCCAGAAGACACGUGGAUUUCGAGAAUUCAAAGUUUUCAGCCUAAAUCCGUGCUCAUUGCCACGUACGCUCUGUGCGGUUUCUCAAACUUUUCGUCGAUGGGAAUGCAGAUCGAAUUCCUGGGAGGGAUGGCUCCCGGAAAGCGGUCGACCAUCUCCAAUCUGGUCCUCCGAGCUCUGUGCGCCGGUUCGAUUGCGUGUUUUAUGAAUGCGACGGUGGCAGGUGAGUACUUGUUUGUCGCGUUUCUCUCUAAUCCUUCAGGCAUCCUCGUCUCUUCGCCCGCCAUUUGUUCCCCAACUCAUGACACAUCAGAGUGUUUCCGGAUUCCUACCAACUAA